UUGACAUUAUUUGACAUAUAUGUUCAAGAUGGUACAUAACCUAUCGUCUCGAUUAUUUGGACUAUUUUUUAAAGAAAAACAAAGUUAUCUUCGACGGUUUCACCACAAUAAGACUUAUAAGGUACUAUUUUUUGGUUCUGACGGUAUUGCUCUCAGCAGUUUGCGAAAAAUCAACGAAUUCAGGAAAUGUGACAAGCGGAUAAUUCGCCUAGAUCUUGUCACUGCAAACAGCUCGAAGAACAAGACUAUAAUUGAGAAAUAUGCUCAUACCGAGGACAUAAAAACAAUAUCAUGGCCCCUACAUAGUUUGAAGUCAACAGAAUACGAUAUUGGACUAAUAGUAGCAUUUGGUCAUCUCAUUAAAGAUGAUAUUCUUAAUAAAUUUCCAUUAGGCAUGGUAAAUGUCCAUCCAAGUUUAUUACCAAGAUGGCGAGGAGCGGCUCCGAUUAUCCACACACUGCUUCAUGGAGAUAAAGUCACUGGAGUUUCACUGAUGAAGAUUAAAGCUAAUGUUUUUGAUGUAGGUGAAAUAAUAAGUCAAACAAGGGUGCCAGUCCCUGAUGAUAUCAAACUGCCAGAACUAACUGCACAGUUGUCUGAACUCGGAGCAGACAUGUUGGUUGACUGUAUGAGUAACUUGCCGACGAGUUUAGAAAAGGCACAGCCCCAAAAUGAAGAAGGAGUUACUUAUGCAAAGAAAAUCAACAAAGAUAUUAGUGAAGUAAGAUGGCCAGAAAUGAGUUCGACUGAAGUAUACAAUCUCUACCGGGCAAUAUAUGGAUUGUAUCCACUAACAACAAAAUUCAGAGACAAACAGAUGAAGUUAUUUGAUGCAUUUCUUCACAAAACUCAAGAAUUUGACCACAGUAAGCCUGUAGGAUCGCUAGAAUACUGUGAAGAGACUAAUGCAAUAAAAGUACUAUGUAAAGACAGAAGAUAUGUUUACUUCAGAUCUCUUAGGAUAGUAGGGAAACGUGAAAUAUCUGCUUUAGACUUUUAUAAUGGUUAUAUAAAGAAUAUGCCAGUAGAAAAAAGAUUAUGUAUGGUAUGUUAAAUAUAUUGUGUUAAUUAGU